UAUCUUUUUGUUCUUGCGUGUGACUUCAUACAUUGGAAGAUAGAUUUUUCACAAGUUCUGUUUCUAGAAAGUCCGUAAGUACAACUAGCUUGCCAUUCUGCUGCUACAACAAUCCGGUGGUGCGUGGUACUUCUCGGUCGGUGCAGGGUCGUCAAAGUCCACUCACAUAAUGUAUUGGGUGUCCUCGUGUUCGCCUUAAGAAUAGCGGAAGACAUAUUACUUCGGUAGAAUGGCACAACAUGUGACAGCUCGUACUCCGGGUCGUUCUUGUUCUCUGUUGUUCGCGUUGUCGGGCCUUCUGCUGGACAGUAGGCUUCUUGCUGCACGCAUCCUCUCGACCGGUGGCCGCGGUCGUGAAGGAGGCCGAACUUCUCUCGUACAAGGGCAAAUCCAAGAACUCACCACCCAGAAAGCUGAUCCCCCGAACGACCUGCGGAAACGGGAAGAGCUCGACGAGGACCGGCUUUCCGCCCUGGAUGACCAACUUGAGGAGCUCGACGAGAAGCGGCGGUCCGUCUUCGCCGACCUGCGCCUGAUCCGCAAGCGCAUUCGCAGAGCAGCCCCAAUUACAGGAGCUCCUGGUCGGGGUGAACAAGCAGACGCGCAGCUCUCUCCCGAACCAGCGCAGGAAACAGGACAAGGAACGGUGCCACCUGCAACUUCCAACAAGGCGUCAGCGAGAGCUGCAGAGGUGGAAAGUAGCUACGCCACUGAGGAAAGUGGCAUUAGCAACACCGGUGCUUCAUCUACCCCUACCGGAAAUCAAGAAUCGCGGCGACCAGAGGUGGCUGCACCCUUCCUUCCCACCGCACAACCACCAACUUCGGUCGGUGAAGCCUACGCGCGGUCGCGCGAACUGGCGCAGGCCGCAGCUGCAAAUCAGGCGGUAGUGCACUUGCACCAGCAGGAAGCAGCCCGGGCGGCGGCAGAAGAAGAACGACUGGAAGCGGAAAACAAGCGCGCGGAAGCGCAGGCGCGCGCGGAGGCCGAGGCCCAGGCGAACGCCCGGCGGGCGGAGGAGGCAGCGGAAGCUGCGCAGCGGUCACGAGCCCUGGCCGAGGAGCAGGCGCGCGCACGAUUAGCGGCCCCACGUACACUUCCGAUUAUGUGGAUUUUCUCAUUUUCAACAAGAUGAUUGAACUUAUACAUGCAGCACGUGAAGAUGCAUAAAUUUCAGAUUGACUCGCUUACUAAGCCGCACAAGAACGCGGCACUCUAUGAUAGAUGACGUUCGAUGCUUAUUCGAGAUAAACUUUUCCACAGAGGAAGAUCCGGACAACGCGUUUCGGCAGUACAUGAGAGAGGAGGAUGGUGAGGACGAAAUGACCAAUCCCGAGUACCAGGAAUCGGCCGCGGCGCUGUCGCGCUCCACGGGGUGGCAGCAGGACACGAUCGAGGGCAAAGCCAACGACGCGGUGCGCUCACUCACGAACGCGAUUGGCGGAAAGAAGGUGGUCCGCUCUCUGCAGGGCAUGCUGGCGGGGCUGGGCCGCUGAUUUUGGUCAGACUCAGAACGCUAAUCUCGUGCUCUGCUGGAGCUGAUUGAUAUCUGCAUUUGAACACUAGUUCUAGUACUGUACCGUUGAUUGAUAUCAGAACAAAAUUAUCUUUUCCGAAGACAAGCAGUGUUGCUGUGCAUGACAAGCAAUGUUUCCUCUUUUCCAAAUAUCUCACUGCUGCUGUGGAUGAAAAGCCAAAUUUUAGAAUCAAUGCGUGUAGCAGUACUGAUCGCGUC